ACUUAAGGAGGCUCUCAAUGAAAUUCAGUUUUUGAAAGAAGAAGUGCAAGAAGAAUGCAACAAACGGCGAAAUGCUGAAAGAGAACUGCAUUCAGCUCUUCAAAAGGUAUGUGCUGUGCUCAUUCACUGUGCUAGUAAAAAUCCAGAUAGCAUGUCUAUUUAUUAACGAAAUCAUAGGUACUUUUGUAGACCAAAGAACUGGAGAAAUCUUAUAUGGAUGGGUUAAGGCAGCAGAAGGUACUCCAGGAGAUGCAUGAAAUAAAGAGGCAGGAGAAUGAUGCAAUGAAAAGAGAGCAAGAAGAAGCAUAUGCUGCACUGUACAAUGCAAAUGAGCAGAAGGUCAGACUAGAACAACGAAUAAAUGAGAUCGAGCUAUAUGUUAAAGACAAUGAAGAUAAAUUAGCAACAAACAAACACCAACUGGAAGUGCUCCAAGCAGAUUAUGACAGGUUACAACAUGAGAGAGAUGCUGCCAUAAGGGAAGUGGCUGAACUGCGGGAAAAGAACCAGCAGAGAGUUUUAGCACCAUCUGAAGCACCAAACACCAAGUUCUCUCUUGUUGAGCUGCAGCAAGCAACACAAGACUUCGAUCAAACACUUAAGAUUGGUGAAGGUGGCUUUGGAUGUGUUUAUAAAGGUAUCCUGCGCAAUACAACAGUAGCUAUAAAGUUGCUACAUCCUCAAAGCAUGCAGGGGCAAUCAGAAUUCCACCAAGAGGCAAGUAAAUCAUUUUUUAAGGAACCUACAUUUUCUGUUACAGAAAGUGCUUCUGUUCUCAGCACAAUAAGGCAUCCAAACCUCGUCACACUGAUUGGUACAUGCCCAGAAGUUUUUGGUCUAGUAUACGAAUUCUUUCCGAAUGGCAGCCUUGAAGAUGGCCUAGCAUGCAAGAACAACAAGCCACCGCUCACAUGGCAGAUCCGUACUCGAAUUAUUGGAGAGAUGUGUUUAGCUCUCAUUUUUCUUCAUUCAAACAAACCUCACCCUGUGGUUCAUGGUGAUCUGAAGCCAGACAACAUUCUUCUCGAUGCCAAUUAUUCCAGCAAAUUAGGAGACUUCGGAAUUUGUAGACAUUUGAUACAAACAAACACCUGCAGCACAACCCUUUACCAGACAACGAACCCAAGAGGAACCUUCUCUUAUAUGGAUCCUGAAUUUCUGACCACUGGUGAACUCACACCACGUUCUGAUGUAUACUCCUAUGGCAUUAUCAUCCUGCGUCUUCUGACAGGGAAACCACCUCAAAGGAUUGCUGAAAUAGUGGAAGAAGCCAUUGAGCAAGGAAACCUGCAUUCUAUCAUUGAUAACUCUGCAGGAAGCUGGCCUUUUAUACAAGCCAACCAGCUUGCACAUAUUGGCUUGAGAUGUGCUGAGUUAAGAAGGAGGCGUAGGCCAGAUCUAGCAGUGGAUGUGUGGAAAGUGGUUGAGCCACUGAUGAAGGCAGCUUCAAUGACAGCACGGCCACUGUCAGGCACAAAUCUAUCAGAUGACACUUGCACCCCAUCAUACUUCAUCUGUCCAAUCUUGCAGGUAAACAAUAGGAGCAAUAUUUCUUCAAUUGCUUACCAGCUCUCAUGCGAUGAUGAACAGGAGAUCAUGAACGAUCCUUACAUUGCCGCCGAUGGAUUCACAUAUGAAGGUGAGGCUAUUAAAGGCUGGCUUGAUAGUGGGCAUAGUACAUCACCUAUGACAAAUCUCAAGCUCGAACACAGCCAGCUUGUGCCAAACAGAGCACUCCGUUCAGCAAUCCUAGAGUGGAAACAGCAGGAGCAGCACUGAGUCGUUGACAAAUCAAAGACUCACUCUUUCACGCAGAUGUAGUUUCCCAUAAUAUAGUGAGCAACGUAAUUAAAAUGGUCCGCAGAUCGAAUAGAAUGAAUUAAAAGAAUGCAUGUACUGCGUCAAGAUGUAAAGUGUUGAAGGAAAAAAGUAUCAUUUAAGCUUAAGCCCUAUCCAGCUAUCCCGCAUGCCUAUACCACUUCUCAAAGCUGAAACUCUAAACCUUCACAGAGUGUUCUCUGUAGACAUGGGCACAGAGUGUUCCCCCAUAAUAUUCAGAAAACAGAAAAGCACGCUGGUAUCAUGAUUUUUUGAAACUGGCAAAUAGACAGCGUGUGGCUAGUACUGUAGUACGAGAGCACUAGAUAUCGAUG